ACUGGCAGGGAAUACAGCCUUUCGGAAUGCAGCCUUUCUGCUAGCAGUGAAUUUGAAAUACAAUACAACAUACAACAGCAACAUUAGGCAUGCGGCGCGCGUCGCCAUGUUGAUCAUAUGAGAGGACGCUUUUCGCUAGAAGGACAAAUGUGUUGGACAGUCUAUAGAAAGCUAAAUUGGAUUAGGUAAAAUUUUUCGUUGAUGUAUCAUAUUGUUCGUUUAUAGGUUAGAAACAUUAUCGCGCGCACAUUCCUUACGGCACGCAUUACCUGCAGCAUUAUGGAUUUCUCCGAAGAAGAGAUGUCUCGCGGCAUCGUUAAGCAGACGCUACCACAGUUUUCAGAACUGAGGUCAGCACCGAUUGCCGUCGCGUCGACAAAUAUAUCAGAAUAUACUGAUAGCGGGAAUGUACAAUCGCAGACGGUGCAAACUUCUGUCCAAACGGACACUGCAGGUUCAAGUCAAAAGCAGACAUCGACGAAUGCAUCUAGCAAGUAUUUUGCAACACCUUUACCAGGCUGGCAAGAUACUUUGUUACAAUUGUGUGAAAAGCGAUUCUUUAACGAGAUAAUCGUCCCAAGCUAUAGUCAAAAUAAUGGAAUACUUGGUGUACAAUCAAAUAGUCUAAGUUUUAUCAAUAAUUUAUGUUUUCCCUCUACAUCACAAACAGAUAAUGCAAAGCAGGAGUCAGAUAUCCAACUUAAAGAGCAAAAAAAUUCAGAUAAGGAAUCUGAAAUACAGGAAAAGCAUCAAACAGCAGCUGCCAUGGCUGAAUAUCUUCAGAAAUUACCAGCUGAUGUUUCUUUGCGAGAUGUAUUCAAAUUAUAUACAGAACAAAUAAAAAAAGAGAAAAUACAAGAAGAGAAAAUAGAGCACACACAGAAUAAUAUUCUAAAUAUACCAAAUGUUAGAAAUAUUUAUUUGCAAAAUAGCAAUUUUGCAAAUUCAGAUCAGAUGACAGUGGCCGUUAAUCCAAACGAUCUGAACCUGCAAAAUGAGCAAGAGAUUGAAAACAGUCUGCCAAAUGUUCUCAAGGUUGAACAACAAGUACAAACUGAUUUGCCAUCUAAAAUUGAGAAAAAAUCGAAAUUUCGAGCAAAAAUGGGUGAGAUCAAAGUUAGCAUUAAUUUCGAUGGAGUUCCACUUUACUGUUGCCCAGAAUGUAAUUUAGGGCUUCCAAACAAGACGGACAUCGAGCAACAUAUACAGACCCAUUUACAAGAACGAAAGUACGAAUGUAAAUUAUGUGGUGCCAUGUUGAAAAGAAAAGAACAUCUCGAUCAGCAUAUGCGAGGUCAUUCAGACGAGCGACCUUUUAAAUGUCCGCUAUGCCAUAAAGCGUUCAAGAGAAAUGAACAUUUGACAAGACAUUGCGUCAUUCAUUCCGGCACCAAAGAUUUUCCAUGCACUAUGUGCACGAAAGCAUUUUCGCGUAAGGAUCAUUUGAAUAAACAUCUUCAAACUCAUUUAGGCAUUCGCAAAAAUAAAAAGGAAGAUCUUUGUUACAUUGAUCAAAAAGAUACAACAAGAAUAUUUGAUAAUAGUACUGAUAUUGCUACAAUGCCUAAGCAAGAGGUAAACUAUAUUGUAAAAGACAGUUCCUUUUUGAAGCAAGAAACUACUCUUCUACAGCAUAUCCAAAAUCUUCAUAAAAAUCCGACUCUAUUACAUACGUUUGCUUCCCUUAAGGAACAAGUGAUGAAAGACGCAAAUGUGUCUGAACAGGCACAAAGUGGUAACAUGAAUGAAAAUAUAAGAUAUUUAAUGCCAUCUUAGUUGUAGAUGAAAUCCGCGUAUAUCCAAAGCAAUUUACGACGGAUGAUGGAAUCGCUAUAAGUAGGUAAUUUUUCAAUUUUCGAAUUCAUAUUUUGUCACUAGAAUGGUUAUGAUUAUUUCAGAUUUAUAGUUUGAAGCAAUUUUAUGAUGAAAUGUUUUAAUAUCAAAUUAAAACAAUGCUCACAAUUAGAUAUACAUUUUGAGCAGAUUUUUUAGGUGAUGUCUACUAUUUCUACUGUUCGAGAUUUGACAGAAGUGAACCGCUGAUUGGCACUUUUGAUGCUCUGCUUCAGUAAUAUUCUAUCAGAAAUAUGGGUUUGUACUUUUAGUUAAACUGUUAUUAAGAUAUUUUCCUUGAUAAAUAAUUCUUAUUUUUAUAAAUAAUAAAUGCUACGUUUUCUCUUAUUAAUAUAUUAUAUAUCCUGUAAUGAUACAAUUGUGACAAUAAUGAUUAUUUGAUCUUACAA